GUUGGCCCGGCGGUCUCCGGCGCAGAGGCUGGGCUUUGGGGCCCCGCAGCUCCGGAGGUCGCCCUGGGCUGAGAGCGCAGGCCGUCAGAGGCUAUGUUGGGCAAGGAUUAUAUGCUGGCCAUCAUUCUGGUCAACUGCGAUGAUGACUUGUGGGGGGACCAAAAUCUGGAGGGGGAGACAGGAUUACCCCCUGGCUGGAGAAAGAUUCGUGAUGCUGCAGGUACUUAUUAUUGGCAUGUACCCAGCGGUAGCACUCAGUGGCAGCGCCCAACCUGGGAACUAGGAGGUGCAGAGGACCCAGGAACGGGGACGGAGGGGAUUUGGGAACUUCGACCCCCCAAGGGGAGAUCCUUCUCCAGCCUGGACAGUUCAUUGAACCGGAGUAACUCUCUAACAUGGUAUGGUGAAGAUUCCUAUGUCCGGAGCCUGGAGCCGGGAGCUAAGUGCUUUGCAGUCCGAUCUCUGGGCUGGGUAGAGGUACCUGAGGAGGACCUGGCACCAGGGAAGAGCAGUAUUGCUGUCAAUAACUGUAUCCAGCAGCUCGCUCAGACUCGCAACCGGAGCCAGCCCCAUGACGGGGCCUGGGGUGAGGGCCAGAACAUGUUGAUGAUCCUGAAGAAAGAUGCCAUGAGCCUGGUGAAUCCCCUGGACCACAGUCUGAUCCACUGUCAGCCUCUGGUUCACAUCCGUGUCUGGGGUGUGGGCAGCUCCAAGGGCCGUGACAGGGACUUUGCCUUUGUUGCGGGUGACAAAGACAGCUGUAUGCUCAAGUGCCAUGUGUUUCGCUGUGAUGUGCCUGCAAAGGCCAUUGCAAGUGCCCUACAGGGACUCUGUGCACAGAUCCUGUCAGAGAGAGUAGGAGUCAGUGGAGAAGCUGCUUGCUGUUCUCCAGAUCCUAUUUCCCCUGAAGACUUCCCGAGGCAAGUGGAAUUGCUGGAUGCAGUGAGCCAGGCUGCUCAGAAGUAUGAGGCACUGUACAUGGGGAUCCUACCAGUCAACAAAGCCAUGGGUAUGGAUGUGCUGAAUGAGGCCAUUGGUAUCCUCACUGCCCGGGGGGACCAGAAAACCUGGGUCCCUGCUGUGCUCAGUGUGUCUGACUCUCUGAUGACUGCACAUCCCAUUCAGGCAGAGGCCAGUGCAGAGGAAGAGCCACUGUGGCAGUGCCCUGUGCGCCUUGUAACCUUUAUUGGUGUUGGUCGUGAUCCACAUACCUUUGGCCUCAUCGCUGACCUUGGUUGUCAGAGCUUCCAGUGCGCAGCCUUCUGGUGCCAGCCUCAUGCUGGGGGACUCUCUGAAGCUGUGCAAGCUGCCUGUAUGGUUCAAUACCAGAAGUGUCUGGUGGCCUCAGCAGCUCGGGGUAAGGCCUGGGGUGCCCAGGCCCGUGCCCGCCUUCGGCUCAAGAGGACCAGCUCCAUGGACUCCCCUGGUGGCCCCCUGCCUCCCCCCCUAUUCAAAGGAGGGGUUGGGGGGACUGGAGCAGCUCCUCGAAAGAGGGGCGUCUUCUCAUUCCUUGAUGCCUUCAGGCUAAAACCUUCUCUUCUCCAUAUGUCCUAAAUUGAUCUUAGAGGCUGGGGAAGGAGGCUCUGUAUUCCUCCAGUCUCCAGGGUUCUGUAGCCGCUCACCUUCCUACCUAUCCCUGAACCUCGCCUCCCCUGUAUUUAUUAACAAGUUCGUUGUUUAUAUGGAUGACUGAGAGGCCCUGCACUAUAACUUUGGCCCCUGGCGCCCUUUUCCUUGGGUCCUUUUGUUCCUUGCCCCUGUCCAACCCUGGACAAUUGGCUCUACCUCAGCAACUUUAUAGCAGAAUCAGUGCAAAUAAAAGUCCCUCAGUGACCUCA